CCUAAUUGGUAUCCCUCCACCUUCGCUUGACGCUUCCUCGAUGUCGGUCAGAGGUCCUUGGGACCGCGACGAUCACGAAGUACAGAGGCUUAAUGUUAAGCUGCGUAAGACUCAGGAAGAAUGCGAUGCCCUAAAAGAUGUUCUCCACAAUAAGGACACGCAACUUCAACAACGGGGAAACAAGCUCAAUGACGCUCUCCGCAAUCUCCAAUAUGAAACCAGACGCGUGCAGGAGUCUGAAGAGAGAUUUUCUAAAGCUCAAGAGGAGCUUCGGCGGCAACAAUUACACACACAGCAGUUGGAAGAACUGACAAAGCGAGCGACGGAAAAGGCUGAACAAGAGGUGAAGAGAUCGAAGAAUCUUCAACUGGAAUUAGAUAAUCCCACAUUAAACAUGGAGCGCCAGAGAUUAUUGAGUCGUAUUAACGCGCUAGAAAACGAGCUUUCUAGUAACAAACCUUCCACCUCAGUGGCACCCGCCAGAACUGCGGCAAAAAUUUUGGAACUAGAAAACAAGGUCAUAGCUUUACAAGCGGAAAACACACGCCUAUUGAACACAGCCAUACCACAACCCGCCACAUCAUUUCCCCUCAGCAGCCCCACCCGCCCAUCCCGUAAUGCAUCCGGCCCUCCCUCCGCUCCCUUCACUCGCGAGAAGAAGCCGACACGUCUGGAACAAGAGCUCGAGCGAUGUCGUAAUACGGAAGCCGAAAAUGAGAAGCUCAAGUCAAAAUUGGCAUCGACGCAACGCGACCUUAUCGUCGCACAGAAUGACAAACUAGCUCAGGAGCAACGUUCAAGACGGGAGGCGGAGGAAAUAAAGGACCUUCUGGAGAGAAAAAUCGAUGAAAUUGCUGAACUCCGGGAGUUCUUAGUAUCAAUGCCAAACCCUGAUGCCCUUGAGGCGAAGGUGGAAGAAAUUGAGGCCCGCCGUCAACGAACGGUGCUGUCUCUUGGGGUGUUGGAAAGGAUGGUUGAGAAUCAACUUACUGGCCUUAAGAAUCGACUUUCCCGCCCCCCUUUACAUCCCCCCUCGUCUGGACCGAAGCUGUCGCUGGCGGUUCCUGACGGAACUCUUCUUCAGGCUAGGGUGGCGGAGCUUGAAGCACGCCUGACCGCACAGGUUAUCGUGACAAAAUCACUCGAAUCCUCUAGUGCUUUCCAGUCAUCAAUCGAGGAUGUUAAUCGUGAUGAUCGUUCCUUCUUCGAAAGGCGAAUACAGGAACUAGAGUCUCAAUUGGCUACCGAGAGUGAGACAGGGAAAUCUCUUCGAGCUGAUAAGGAGUUUCGUGCCUCCGACUUUGUUCCUAGAGCCGAGUACGAGGCCCUCCUGGCCGAAUGCGAAGAGUUAGAGAAAGAGAUCCAUAUGCAGCAGGCUGCAUUGAAUCGAGAACACCAAGAAAAGGAACAGUACUUGAAGGAAUUGAAACAAUCGCGUCAGAAUCUCAAGGCUGUGAAGAACGCGCGGAAGGAGCUGGGUGCUCGUGUUGUUGAUCUUCGGGCAUCACUGAGAGGAGCCUCUGAUGAUGUCUUCCUCGAUACUGCUGUAUUGCCGAAGAUCUCUCCAAUUUGUCCAGGACCAGGCGGUUUAACAGACGGGCCUUGCAGAUUUCCGGAUGAUUCUAGCCAAGGGGAACUCGCAGAAAUUGCUGUAUUGAUUGAUCGACUUCGUACCGAGCGAGACGACCUACGACGGACGCUUCAGUUUACUGGAGAGGAGGCCCGUGCACACGUCACCGCUGUCGAGACUGAACUAUCUCAUUCAAAACGCACAGUCAAAGCUUUGGAGAGCCAACUCGCCUUGACAAUGGACGCUUCCGAAGCAGCCCGUCGCUCGAUCGAGUCGGACAUGGAUGAUAGGGCUCAAGCGUUGCAGGCUACUUCACGGGACUUGGCGACCGCCCAGUUCUCGAUGGCUAGGAACCAGAGUUUGGCAAUUUGCGCCUUCAUUGCCCUCGGUCGAGUCGACGAGCUUCGUCUGCAGACGAUCAGCGACUAUGCAGCGAUCAAGAACGUUGUUGUUGAGCUCCACUCGAGACUUUCUCAAAGUGAAGCUGAUGCGAAUUUGCUUCUGAUGGACUCGAGAUCCCGGGACAGGAUCCUCAAGAAACGUGCCUCCCGAUUUGCUUUGAUAAUUGAUGCGUCCUUUAUCAUUAUCCAGAAUCUUCAGAGGAUGUCUGAAGACCAGAAUAUCGCUGGGCAAUCGGAAAUCGAGCACCUCAGAAUGGCUAUCGAGGAGAGUGAAUCCCGUGUGGACAUGAUGAAGGCUAAUAACCAUGAAAUGGUAGCGUGUCUUAACGACGCACGUCAUUCGUUGGAGGCUCAACAGACCGCGCUCGCCAAGAUGGGUGCUCUGAGGGACGAGCGGAAUGAUCUUCUGGAACGGUGCCAGGAAUUGGAAGACGCUGUGAAAGGACUCAGAAUGCAACUUGAUGCCGCUACGGACGAAUGCCAGCGACUUCAAGACAGUCAUCAAGCUCCCUCUGAUGAUCACAGACGUUCAAAACGUCGUGAGGUUGAGGUUGAGGUUGAGGAUGAACUGGAGCAAAUGCGACUUCGGAUUGACAGGCGCACGGAGCAAAUUGCACUGCAUCAAAAGGAAAUAGCUCGACUUGAGACCAACCUCACUCUCCUUGAGGAUGCGAAUCUAGAACUCACGAGCGAAUUGGAGACGAAGACGGCGGAGUACAACCACAUGAUCGCAGAUUGCGCCGAAGCUCGUGCAGUGCGUGAUGCAGCUAUCGCAAGGCUUGAAGCAUUGGAGGAAGAGAUCGACCAAUCAAAGUCAAGACAGCUUCCUCCCGAUCGUCCAGAUGCUUAUGACGAGGGUCAAGUCGCGUGCAUGGUUCGUGAAAUCGUCAUUGCUGUUGGGAGGGCCAGGAUCGCAGAGAAUGGUCUUGCUUGUUCCCAUGAGGCUCUGGUCGAAGCCGCUAAUUUGGAAAGUAGAUUGCAGGAGUCAGAGGAGGCUCGUGACCGGGUUAUCCAGGAUCUCGACAAUGCCAUCGCCAGGGAGCGUGAAGUGUCCGAACUGUUGACAGAUUCUCGGUCACAGGUCGAGGCUUUCUUGAUAGCCGAAUCGCAACGCAAGCAGCAGCACGAGAUGACCUCCGCGGAGCGUGAUGAAUUGCGGCGCUGCUUGGAUUCUGCAUCCAAUGAGUGCGAUGUUCUCGCAGCUGCCUGCUCGAGAUUGCAAGACGAAGUCGAUGCUCUACGGAAGACGCAUACAGAUACAUUGGCGAAUCAGCAGAUUAUGCAAAACUUGAUGGAACAACUCCAGCAGUCCCGGGAGAUGGUUGAGAGCCUCGAAGUCGAGAAACAUCGCUUAUUACAAGAUUACAACUCCGGCACUGAAGAGCUCAAGAACCAUACCACUUCGCUCAUGACAGAUUAUGACCUCAAACUGUCCAAUCUGUCUCAGGCUCACGAGUCUGAAGUCAACGAUUACAAAUCCCAGCAAGCACAAGCGGCCGAGCAUGUUCAGGCUUUGACUGCGGAAUGCCACUCUCUACGUACUCAACUUACACUAUUGACUGAGAAGUCGAGAGGUGAAUUGGAGCAAACCAUUCAACGGUUCAGAUCCGAAAGCCAAAUAGCAAUGACCAAUUUGACGGCUGAACGUGAUUUGGCUUUGGCGUCACUGGCAGAUGCACGGAGAGCCCUUGAUUCACUUUCUAAUUCCCGGUCAGACGAGGUGAAAGGACUUCAAACGGCACUUGACGUAUGUCGACGCCGGCUCCAUGACACUGAGGAGGAUUGGAAGGUGAUUCAGGGGGAAUUAGAAGAUGCUCAAUCGGCGAUCAGGGAAAAGGAAGAUUCCAUCAAGUUGUUGGAAGAAUCCCAGGAAUCACUCCGGAGGGAAGUGGAUGAUCGCGCUGCGGAGGCCAAACGUCUUUCUGGGAUGAAGCGCUUCUUGGAUCAAGAUAUUAAGAGACUUGAAGCUGAAGUCGCCAGAAUCCGAAAGGAGUUGAAACAAUCCUAUGAGCAGGCAGAAGAGCAUAGGCGUCGGAUGCGCGACCUUGACAUCACAACCGCUCACAAGAAGUCUAGACUAGAAACAGAGCUUAAUGCCGAGCGUGAUAAAGUCAACUCACUUGUGAAUGAUCGAGACGGCGCACUGAAGCAGCUCGAGACGCUGAAGAAUGAGGCAACAGAGCUCAACAAGGCGCAACGCAAGAAGGACGUUCAACUCCAUUUGCUCAAAGAGAAACUAAAAACUCUACAACGUGCCCCAGGUGGGGCGGCAAUGGCACCUGAGGUUGCAUCGCGAUCUACGUCUCGCGCCUCAAGCGUUCGACCUACACCGUCAAGUCUAGCGGCUUCGAGAUCAACUGGGCCUGGAUCUAGCCGUCCUCUGGAGGUUCCUCAACAAAAUGCAAGUGCAGCGUCCACCAUCAUCAACUUAGCACGAUCGUCAUUCACGUCCAAAGCUUCCACCAUGACUCGACCGACUGUGCACCCAUCAGCACGCCUACCAAUGAUGAGCGCAUCAAUUUCCGCCCCCAACCUCCCACUCUCCGCGAAACCGCAAACCAUUGACGAGCCGUCAAGUUCGGGCAAGAGAAAGCGGGAGAUCGAUGACGAGCUCGAAAAUCGAACUCCUGCUAAACCAAUCAUGGCGUCACCUCGAAGCCCCUCUCGCCUGCGCGCCAUCACCGAGAAAGGUCUCAGAGUGUUUACUCCAAAGCGCCCGCCAGCAAAGCAAGGUUCGAUAUUUACUCGCGCAAAUUCGCCCGAUGACGCACCACCCGUCCCCUCACUUCCCGUUGGCUAUGUUGAUUGA